GCACGGUCCGUUUGAAAAGUCAAAAAAACGCAGAACUCUGAUUGGUGGGUGACUGGCAGAUCUCUGCACAAUGAUGCGUUGGCAGUGGAAUCGUGUGGCUGGCACUGGCUGGCAUCCAGAUACACCGCUUCGGGCAAGCUUUGCUCCCCCACGAAUCCAAGACGACGUUCCUGAGUCGUGGACCUUAGUGCUGGGCUUGGAAUUGCUUGUAGUGCUUGUAGUGCUUAUGACGGCGGUUCAACAUCGUUUGCCAAGCUGGCCAAGUCGCCGGUUUUCUUGGUUAAUCGGGCGUUUUGGAUAGAUGCAGCGCUCCGUCAUGGCAGGAGAAGCAGGAGAGGACGAUGCGGUCAGAGGGUUCCAUGAGCACCGAGGGAUAAAGGUCGCGAGCACGCAGGGACAGAAGGGGGAAGUGUUGUGUUGCGUUGCGUAUCCGUACUUACGAAGUACAUAUCUUAUUGCAGGCGUCAGCUCCUAUUUUAACAAAGAAUCCACUCCUCUUGUCUCCCUCCUAGCACAUACGUGUGCCAGUUGGAAAAGCAAUCUUGGGGAAUUCCAGAGGCACGCCAAGACGAACGAGGGUGGCAGUGCAAAGCCUGCCAAGAGGCUGUCGCGAAAUUGGGUCGGAACAGCUGCCAGCUACAAGAACACCGUGCCAUCUUCAAUCUUCAACGCUGCGCGCCCUUCGCAGCUCCAACCUCAACGUCUCUCACCUCCACCUCGCAGCAUCGCGAUAUCAAUUCAGGCGGGCCGGCGUACCGAAUAUCCUUCCUGUGACAGCCGCGAGGCUCUUGAGACGGCUUUCCACCGACCACGCGAAGCUCCAUUGCUCCGCCCCCAACAGGCCGAUUUCCACGCAACCAGCGCGAGGCUGUGUCAACGAAGAGGCUUCCAGCUUGACACGCACCUGUGGCAGCAGAGAAGAGACAUACCAGAGAUCUGGUCCUGAAGCAGUCAUCGCACGAGAUCACAAUCCUCCGCAGCACCACGCCGCUGUC